UUUGGCCUCUGUGCUCAGCUCAGCCCUGAGCAGGACCGGCGCAGCUCCAUGGUGGGCACUGCUCACUGGAUGGCCCCAGAAGUUGUGACCAGAUCUCCUUAUGGCCCCAAGGUGGACAUCUGGGCCUUUGGCAUUGUGACCAUCGAGAUGGUGGAAGGAGAACCUCCUUACUUCAGGGAAACGGGGGCCAUGGCUCGCGCUCUGAUCCGGCAGAACGGGACCCCGCAGCUGCAGGAGCCCCGGCGCCUGUCGGCUCUGCUGCGGGACUUCCUCGAGUGCAGCCUGGAGCCGGACGAGGAGCGGCGCUGGGCUGCCCAGGAGCUGCUGCAGCACCCAUUUUUGUCAUCAGCCAAGCCUCUCUCCAGCCUGACCCCUGUGAUCACUGCAGCGAAGAAACUGAGGGAGCAGCGGAGGAGAUGAAGCACUUGAGGACAGCCUUUAGUUACAGUAGUUAGGACAACUAGUUAGUUUUGGUAGUUAGCACUGAUAGUUGGUUAUGGUAGUUAGCACUGAUAUUUAGUUAUGGUAGUUAGGGCAGCCUGUUUGUUAUGACAAUUUUUGGAAUAAA